UGGUAUAACGCAAUGCCGUCAUUCGUCCCUACAUCACAUUUGGAUAUGAAACACAUAUGCACAGCACAGUGGAAUCGAUGAAAAUGAGGAAAAGGCUAAAGCUGAAAUGGAAUAACAUAAAUUCAUGUAAUACACGGUAGUUUGAAAUUAAAAUUCAACUUGUAACACUCUAUCACUGAAAAUGGCUCAGCAAAGAAUUAGAAAUUAUAGCGACGAUAGAAAUUAUAAUAAAAUAUCUUCAAGGCCACCAUAUAUUCGGCGUGAUUACAAUCCAGAUAGCCGUUAUUCAAAUGACCCAAAAGGAUAUCCCCGACGGAAUACUCCAUCAUAUAUUGGCGAAAAUCAAACUCAGACAAAUGGCUUUGCCAAAGAAGGAUAUGGCAUUGCCAAUCAGAAAGAUAAGCGCUACAGAUCAUUUGAUGAUAGUCCUCAACGACACGGCCCAUACGAUCGCCCAAGUGUACGUGAUGAACAAAACAUGCAACCUCCCUUUAUGAAAGAUCCGAUUGGUCCAGUUCAACAAAACGAAUACCCAAAUUCUAAAUUUCUCAGUCCAACGAUCUCCAACACACCUAGCUCAUUUCGAUCUCGCUCGAAUCGAUCGUCAGAUUCAACAACUAGUGGAUCUGUAUUCGAAACUUCGGAUACUGUGUCAUCUUACGUAGAGGGAGAGAAAUCCACCACUGGAGCUCAGGAGAAGACAAAUCAAAGUGAAAUUGAUGUUGAGAUCAUAGAUGGUAAAGAAAAGCAAAAGCCAACUCAGUCUUACAAGUGGGAUGCAUUUCGCCUGAUGCCAGUAAGUGACGCGGAUGAUGACCAACAAUGCCUGGAGUCUAUGAAGAAAGCAGCUAAGAUCAUUUCCUACAUAUUUGUUUUCAUCAUGGUCCUUGGAACUACUUUCCUCAGCAAGUUCACGCUGGUGGUAUUGGCUGCAAAUAGCAGAUUUGGCAUUAAGCUAGAUUGCUCGAAUACAUCGUUGCAUGAAUGUCAUGUCGCUUUAGAUGACACCUCUGUUGGAUCCAAGAGGUUUCUCUUGAUUAACAAACAAGUUAUAGAGGCAACAAUGCCUACUUCAAUACCGAGUAACACAACAAGCAACGAUACGACACCAAUGGCAACAGAUGUUGUCUACACUGAGAGUAAUCUGGUGUCUGGGGUAGUUCGACAAUGUGACACUAUGACCAUGUAUUGGGUAUGGGGGCUUGUUAUGACCGUAUGUAUACCAUAUAUACUGGUCCUCUGGCGGUCUCUAUGGCGUAUGUGUUUUAAAACAAAACAAGGUCCAAGUGCCAUCACUUUUGUUGUGGUUAUGUUAGUGGAAACGCUACACUCGAUUGGGAUAGUACUUCUUGUCUUCUAUAUUAUACGGAAGUUGGAUUCGGUCAGCGCAAUAGCCAUGUUAACGAGUGUUGGAACAAUUCCUUCAGCGUUGUCAUUGUUCUAUAGGCCACUUGUACAAAGGGCGGCAAUGGCCAAACGUGGACUCAACAUAACAGCGACGUUUAUCCAUGUGGUAGGGAUCAUUGCCUGGCCUGUAUUGAUUUUCUACAAGACGACGACUCUUACACACGUGUGGACAAUUCCAUUGUCCUUACUAUUGAUAUCGUGUGGCUGGUGGGAGACAUUUGUCCAUGUGAGAUAUACAUAUAUGGGUAAAUUGGGUGAACUGCUGGUGUCUGUGAAGAAAAAUGCCAGGCGAUCAAGGAGCAAGUUAUACGCUGUAGUAAGCAUUUGGAAAAUACUGUUAACGAUUUGUGGCAUGAUGGUCACAAUGAACUUCGAUAUGAGAGACAGUGCAGGUCUUGGGUUUAACGAGUGGUUCUUCUUUCCAAAUCACGAGAACAAAUGUCCGGGUAUUGCCAACGGGGGAGAGGAAGUUGGAUCAAAUGAUAUUCCUGAUAUAAUAUGGAUCUGGGCAGUUAUUUGGACAAUACAAUUUCUAUCCUCAUCAUUUUCCUACAUAUUUGCAAAAUUUGGUGCAAAGACUCUUAUCCAGGACAUUGCUGUUGCCCUCCCUCUAUUACUAAGUACUCCAUUGACGAUAUGUAUAAUGGUAUUGGGGUGCGAACCAAAUCAAAGAGCAGCGUUGGCAGGUGUUUUACCAAAUCAUGUGUUCUGGCAGUGCACAUCUUGGUCCUUUGAUGAACCAACGACAUAUCUAUUCAUACCCUUGGCUAUAAUAUGUUGGUUAGGUCAACUAUGGGUCACCCGUCAUGUUUGGUAUCCUGCUACCCAAAGAUUGGCCAAGACUGAGAAAUUGUUUGCGCUGCCAUUGUUCUGUGGGGUGAUGAUUGAACAAUCCCUGUCAUUCAACAGAAGGAAGGAUGAUCACAUAAUUUCUGACCAACAAGAGAAAAAGGCAUUGGAGGUGAUACUAGAAGCCGUUGGCCAGGAAGUAGACGAUGCCGUCGGAGAUGAGGAGGAGACAAGAAUGACAUACGAUACCAUAAAAGCAAAGGAGGACGCAACGCCUAUGAUAUACUUCUGUGCAACUAUGUGGCAUGAGAACGAGCAAGAAAUGAUACAUUUGCUCAACUCUAUAUUCAAGAUGGACAUUGAUCAGAAUGCUCGAAAGAAUGCCCAGGCAUACUUCGGUAUUGUAGACCCAGACUUUUACAACUUUGAAACCCAUAUCUUCUUUGACGAUGCAUUUGAUUUCCACAUAGAUGGCGAUACUGAUUAUGAAGCGAAUGAGUUCGUGAAACUUCUUGUGGCGACAAUAGACAUGUCUGCUAGUGCUGUGCAUCGUAUGAAAUGUAAAAUAGCUGCCCCCGUCAAGUGUGAAACACCGUAUGGAGGAAUGCUAGAAUGGCAUUUACCGGGAGGAAACAAGCUCAUUGCCCACCUCAAGGACAAACUGAAAAUACGACACAAGAAGCGUUGGAGUCAGGUGAUGUACAUGUACAUGUUUCUUGGGCACAAACUGUGGACUAAAGUGAAGAGUGGAAUAAAGAAGCAAAAUGUAGCAGAGAAUACAUUCCUCCUUGCUCUAGAUGGUGAUGUUGACUUUCAGCCAUUGUCAGUCCUACUCCUCGUGGACUUGAUGAAACGGAAUGAAAAAGUUGGUGCAGCAUGUGGGAGGAUUCACCCAAUAGGAGCGGGUCCGAUGGUUUGGUACCAAAAAUUUGAAUAUGCGGUUGGACAUUGGUUCCAGAAGUCAACAGAGCACAUUCUAGGCUGUGUAUUAUGUAGUCCCGGUUGCUUCAGCUUGUUCAGAGGUGCAGCGCUUAUGGAUGAUAAUAUCGUUAAGAGAUACACAACAGUAUCCACAGACCCAGUUCACUAUGUACAAUACGACCAAGGUGAAGACAGAUGGUUGUGUACACUUCUACUCCAACAAGGGUACAGAGUGGAAUAUUCCGCAGCGUCUGAUGCGUUCACGUUUGCACCAGAAGGUUUCAACGAAUUCUUCAACCAGAGACGCAGAUGGACGCCAAGUACAAUGGCAAACAUCCUCGAUUUGAUUAUAUCUGCAAAUCAGACCACAAAGACGAACGAAAACAUUUCCUGGCUGUAUAUCGCAUACCAAACUGCUCUGUUUGUAUCAUCAAUCAUUGGACCAGCGACUGUUUUCUUGGUCAUUGUUGGAUCACUUGAAAAUCUUCUCCAAAUGGGCGACAAUGGGCUGUGGAUAGCAUUUACUGUCAACCUCGUUUUGAUCAUCAUGUUUGUUGUUGUAGGACUAAAAGCUAAAACUGAUACACAGUUGUUUGUUGCCGGGGUGUUGUCUACUUUGUACGCCUUGGUGAUGAUUCUCGUAAUGGUUAGUGUAAUCGUCAACUUUCGGGAAAAGUAUCUCUGUGAUCCCAGCUCACUCUUCACCGUUGUGUUGGUUGGAAUGUUUCUUCUAACUGGGAUUCUUCAUCCCCAAGAGAUAUCGUGUCUUGCACACGGUUUGUUGUACUACUUGGCGGUGCCGAGUACAUUCAUGCUUCUGACGAUAUUCUCUGUUUGUAAUCUCAACAACGUUUCGUGGGGUACAAGAGAAGUGAAGAAAACGAAAACAGAACAAGAACUGCUAGAUGCCAAGAAAGAAGCACAUGAAGCGAAACAGAAGGGCGUUAGUGGCGGUAUAGCAGCAGUGGUUCCUGCGGUGACACAAGAGGGAAUUAAUUGCUGUGGUAUAUUUAGGUGUCUGCCUGGCAAUGCACAACCAGUGCCCGUCUCACCGGUCGUGGUACAACCAAGUUACCCAAUCAACAACCAAGGUGCGUCUCAAGACGAGACAAACAUUGAUGAUCUCCUGGACGUUGCUCCUGAAAAAAGCAAGUUGUCUAACAAUUUACCUGAUCUAACAUCAAAUAUACCUGAAGUAAGGACGAAACAGAGAUCUUCAUGGAUUCGUGACCCGGCUCUUGGAGAUGGAAAGAUUAUCCGAAUUUCUAAGAGUGACAAGUUAUUCAGCGAGCAGUUGAUUGAGCGCUAUUUAAAACCACUAGAGAAUGACAAGGUUCACCAAGAGAAGGUAGCAAUGGGAUUGAAAGAUUUGCGUAACAAAGUUGUGUUUGGAUUCGUGGUGAUGAACGUCAUUUACAUAACCGUCGUACAAAGUCUUCAACUUCAAAGAGAGAGGGCGCUUGCUUUUCAAAUAGAUGUGUGUCCAUUUCAUUUGCAUCCAGAGACUGGUGAAACGAUUGAGCUAUCUAUUCAACCAAUGGCGAUGGUUUUCUUACUAUUUUUCGGCAUUGUUCUUGGAGUGCAGUUUGUUGGCAUGCUGGCCCACAGGAUGGAAACGUUCAUGCAUGUAAUAGCAACCACGUACCUAGCAUGUUUUGGAUCGAAACAAAAACAUGAAAAUGAGAACAGGGAACGGAUCAAAAAGGCUCUACAGACUGCAAAAGAUUUAAGCGCACUCAAAUCUGAAGACAGUAGUAAAUACAGUACGCUGACUUCCAUUGCAGAUGAUAUACAAAGUGUACCGAAACAGCCUAAUCCGUUACAAAAGCCAAAGGGUGUUGACAGUAAUGCAACACGCUUGGAUCCAGCUCAAACAAGACGUCCAUCGUUCGGAACCCUUGAUGCUGCUUUUGCUAGGAGAUUCAGGAGGGUUCAAAAGCACAUAGAAAACGGAGAAGAACCCCUUCCGGAUUAUGGCGCCAAUGAUGACAACCCUGUGCCUCCGAAAAACAAAAUGAGGCGAAGGAUAGCAAAAGACUUCAUUUAUGAAAAUAGAGAACAGAUCUUGAAUACUAACAUUUACAACAGACAAGACAGAAAUCCCAUGUAUCGUUAUUGACCGCUUGAACACUCUUUCAAAGUUAAAAAUGUAAUCGAAGGAUUACUUGAGAAACUAAGAAUGUGAAGGUGAGGGACAGUUUCUGCGCAUUCUCAUUGAUGCACUUUUAAAAAUAAACAGUGUUAAAGAAAGAUGAUUAUUGUGUAAUGGUUUAUCAUAUAUCCUAGACAAUAAAAAAAGAAG